AACGAACGGAGGCCCAGCCCAACUAGGGUAGGAGGGAAGGGGGAGCCGCAACCGCAACGGUUAUCUCCUCUCCCCCCCUCCGAUUCGAUCCCUACUAGUCCCUGUGUAGGUGUCUGAUCAUCCCCCAUCUCAUUCUCCUCCUGCAAUCGAUUCGAUUCGAGUCGAUUCAAUUUCAAAUCGCCUCCUCUUCUAGACUUCUUUCCCAAACAAACAAAAGAGAUCCCCCGUCCGUCCGUCCAUCCUUCCUCUCUCUAGGGGGCCAGAUCACCGGAGCGAUGGGAUCCACUGCUCCGCCGCCGCCGAUGGAAGGUUGGGUGGCGCCGCUCCUCGCCGGCGCCGAGGAGUACGUGCGCGACUCCAUCCACAGCUCCCUGGGCCUCCCCGUCUCCGACCGCUCCCUCCGCCUCAAGCUCCUCGCCUCCGAGGAGCAGCGCCACCGCCUCCAGGACCACAUCUUCUCGCUCGAGGAGGACCUCCGCGCAGCCCAGCGCCGCAUCGACCUGCUCAAGGCCGAGGCCGCCAUGAAUGCCGCCGGCCUCCGCCGCUGCGUCGAGGACAAGGAGGCGCUGGCCACCGCAUACGCCCAACUCAACGCCAAGUGCGCCAAGGAGUGCGACCUCUACGAGCGGGAUCUCGAGCGCGCCAUGGACUCCUGCGACGAACUCGGCAGGGAGAACAACGACCUGCGCGCACGCCUCCACCAAAACGCACAUUUGGAGGCAUUGACGGCUAGAGUUCAAGAACUAGAGAAUGAUAAGGAGACUCUGAAGACAAAUCUUGCUACAGCAGAGGCAGAGGUGAUCACGCUGAGUGAGGAUAACAGGGUUCUUGAUGAAGAGAACAAAAGGCUGCUGGGCUUGCUGGAGAAAGAGCGACAACGCCGGUCUGAAAGGAAGAAAUCGGCCAGCACAUCCACCAAGCAGAAUAAGCGCAAGUCGUCUAGCUUGAGGGAUGGCAGCCCAGCUCUUGAUUUCGGUGCCACGGAUUCAUCAAGGCAUCCACUGUCGCCGCUGCCCCACAACUCUCCGGAUUAUAGGGCGCACAAGAAAUGAAGCAACGGCUCGGAGCAUUAACCUGUGCAACGCGAGUGUUGCAGCAUGCUGCUUGCUGAUGAUCUGAUUCUGAUCUCGUCCCACUAACUUGGGAUUGAAUUUUCCUUGUUUCAUGUGUGGGUUAGAUGUACUAGACCAGGACAAACUUGUGGUGCUUGGCUUCCAUUCCAUUGGGUAGAGAUUGCUGUUCUGUUUGUGAUGGAGGAAAUGAAAGGACCAUAGUUGUGGUUAGUUGAUGCCUUGACGUUAUCUAGUCCUGCUCCUCUGUGUUUCUCUUCUUGUAAGCAAAUUCUGGUGGCUGGUAGUAUUAUCGUUAUAGUUGCUUCGGAGUA